AUGUUUAUAUUUAAGAAUAUUUUUAGAUAAAUGAAAUAAUUUGAAGAUUAUGUAGAUUUAUAUCCAUUAGAUCGUAUAACAUUUUCAUAUUUGCCUUCAUAAUUAAUGCACGCUUAAUUGAGAAUAAAAAAUAAAAGCAAUUCUAAAUUAUUAUAUAAAAUAAAAACUACAAAUCCAAGAAAUUAUGCAGUAAAACCAAGUUAAGGAACAAUUCAUUCUUUUUUUGAUACUACAAUAGAUUUAACAAUGCAGCCUUUUUAACAUAUAGAUGUCAAUAAUUUAAGAUUAACUGAUAAAUUUUUAAUAAUAAUUGCUGAAGUAAAUGAUGAAUAAGCAUAAUAAGAUGAUUUAAAUGAAAUUUUCGAAAAAAAAGGACUUAAAAAGAAAUUAGAAGUUUCUAUUAUUUAGAAUAAUGAAUCAACAAAUUAAUAAAUGUAUAAUAGUCAAGAAUAAAUUAAAAAAUCUGGAAAUUUAUUAAAUAAUUCUUAAAAUAAGCUAUAUUAAUCUGUAAAUAAUGCUUUUAGCACAUUAAAUACUAUUAAUGAUGAUAAAUAAAAAGAAUAAGUAGAAAAAUAUGAAAAUGAAUUAAAGUUAAAAAUUAUAUUAAAACAAGUGGAAUAAGUUACAAAAAGUUCUAAUUAUAGUAUUAUUCAUAUUAUUAUUAUAGCUUUAUUAAGUCUUAUUAUUGGAACUCUUAUUUAAAAAUGA